AUGACUAGGAAGUCCAACAAGGACAACCUAGUUGAACAUCCGGAGAUAGACAAGCUCGAGAAGCUACUUAGAAGCAAAAAGCCCAACAGAUGGCCGACGAAGCAGCUCGCGCUCACGCCGCUGAAGUGGCGCGCGCCAAUGAAGAAGGACGAGAUCCGCCUCCUCCUCCUCUUAAUCCACAAGACCCUGCUGGAGAUAAACCCUAUCCAUCCACCACUUCCUGCUAGGAAUGACUAUGAGAUCAAGCCUCAGAUCAUAGCAUCAGUUAGACAGAACCAAUUCAAUGGCCUUCCAGCUGAGCACCCUCUUGAUCACAUAGAAAACUUUGAAGAGAUUUGCAGCACUACAAGAUCCAAUGGAGUCUCUGCUGACUACUUGAAGUGCAAGAUUCAAGGAGUACAUUAG